CACCUCCCUCGCUCGCUCUCGCUCUCGCUCUCGCUCUCGCUUCAUUCGUUCCGUGGCGUCUCGAAGCCGCUUUUCUUUUUAUUUCUCUCCCCCUCUCUCUCUCUCUUUCGCUCCCCGUUUCCACAAAAAGCGAAUUCUCGUCGAUCGACUCCGACGCGCUUUAACCGAUCGCUUCGAUCGGAAUAUUCCGGGAAAGGAAGCAACUCUAGCUGAUGACUAUGUAUGAGCAAGAUCAAGAUUCUCUUCGGUGGGGAGGCUUCGACCCAUUUCAUGAUCCAUUUUCAAGCAUUGGGUAUUGUGGAGGCACCACUCAAACUGAUGACACCUAUUACAACGUUCCUUAUGCUAGAGAAGAAGUAUCAUGGCCUUCACAUGCAGAUGAUGAGCAUUUGGGGAUGUCUGCUCUGACACAUAAUGAUUUCUUCGACUUGUCGAUCAGGAACUAUAGUUUAGGCAAUGAGGGUGGCGAAGUAGAGGCAGAGGAUAUGGAACCCUCAAGUUCAUGUUCAAGUCCAGGGGAAAAGUCAUAUGAAGAGGACUGGUCUUUAGAGCUUGCAGAUGAUUUUUCUGAAAUAGAUGGUGAAGUAGGAAAGAGAUUGAAUCAGAUGGUUCCCAUUCCUCAUGUUCCUAGAAUAAAUGGAGAAAUUCCAUCUGUUGAUGAAGCCACUUCGGAUCAUCAAAGGUUGAUCGAUAGGUUGCAAUUGUAUGAUCUAGUGGAGCUUAAGGUUGAGGGAGAUGGUAACUGUCAGUUCCGGGCACUAUCUGAUCAGUUUUACCGUAGUCCUGAACACCACAAAUUUGUGAGGCAGCAAGUGGUCAAUCAGCUUGAGUCCCACCCUGAGAUCUACGAGGGAUAUGUUCCCAUGGCAUAUAACGACUAUUUGAAAAAGCUGUCAAAAAGCGGUGAAUGGGGUGAUCAUGUAACAUUACAGGCGGCUGCUGACUCGUAUGGUGUCAAAAUUUUUGUUAUAACAUCAUUCAAGGAUACUUGUUACAUCGAGAUUCUGCCCAAUGUUCAGAAGUCUAAACGAGUUAUAUUCUUGAGCUUUUGGGCUGAGGUGCAUUACAACUCAAUUUAUCCCGAAGGGGAUCUCCCGACCUCGCGGACGAAGAAGAAGAAAAGGUGGUGGCGCUUCGGAAAUAAGCACUGAAAGCAGCAACAGGCCCCGAGCGACAUCUUAUGCUUCCGUUGCUCGAGAAUUGUGAAUUCUCAAAGCCAGAUUCGACGGAGGCAAUGAUAUCUGUUCAUCUUAAUCCAUUUUGUUCUACAUAAAAGCUUGUUUAAUGCCAAACGGCGCCCCGGCCUAUGACAUUUUUUUUCCUCUCCUUGUUUUUCCCUAAAUAUUUCUCGGCUAUUUAUAAUUUAUGCAAUUUCACGAAGAUGGCAGUUUAUUAGUAUGCUCUGCCUUAUUUUUGA